CUGAGCCUUGAUGAGUUCCAGUAUGUGGUAUAUUAUGCAGAGCAUUCAGAGCAAAUACUCUCUCUCAGAGCGCUUAAUCCGAACAAUUGCUGCCAUUCGCUCCUUCCCACAUGAUAAUGUAGAGGACCUCAUCAGAGGGAAAAUAGGUUCUAGAUAACCCUGGUCUCAUGUUCUUUGUGAAAUCCCUGUCUGGAUAUGGUGUCUAUCGGAUCCAGCAAGCUCAAAGUCUUCUACACAUGUACUGAGGGAGGGAGGAGACCAGCAAAGCAGAAGUGGUUUUCAAAUCUUUGUGUUUUAUGAUUACAUGGAGAGAUAUCACCUGCCUUCUAACAACAGCUACCACUUCUAGUUCUGUAAAGAAUAGUAUCAACCCCUAAAACACAUGGGAGCAGAUGUGAACUGCACCCAUGGCACGCUGAAGCCUUUGCACUGUGCCUGCAUGGUGUCCGAUGCCGACUGUGUGGAGUUACUCCUGGAAAAGGGAGCUGAGGUGAAUGCCCUGGAUGGUUACAACCGAACAGCCCUCCACUAUGCAGCUGAGAAGGAUGAGGCUUGCGUGGAGGUCCUGUUGGAGUAUGGUGCAAACCCCAAUGCACUGGAUGGCAACCGAGACACCCCCCUUCACUGGGCAGCCUUUAAGAACAAUGCUGAAUGUGUGCGGGCCCUCCUAGAGAGUGGGGCCUCUGUCAAUGCCCUGGAUUACAACAAUGAUACCCCACUCAGCUGGGCUGCCAUGAAGGGAAAUCUUGAGAGCGUCAGCAUCCUUCUUGAUUAUGGUGCAGAGGUCAGAGUCAUCAACCUAAAAGGCCAGACACCUAUCUCCCGGCUGGUGGCUCUGCUAGUCAGGGGACUUGGAACUGAGAAAGAGGACUCUUGCUUUGAGCUCCUCCACAGGGCUGUUGGACACUUUGAAUUAAGGAAAAAUGGCACCAUGCCACGAGAAGUGGCCAGAGACCAGCAGCUAUGUGAAAAACUGACUGUUCUGUGCUCAGCCCCAGGAACUCUAAAAACACUCUCUCGCUAUGCUGUGCGCCGUAGCCUGGGACUCCAGUAUCUGCCAGAUGCAGUGAAGGGCCUUCCCCUGCCAGCUUCUCUGAAGGAAUACCUGUUACUUGUAGAAUAGCCUGGAGGAGAUGUUUGCACCAUCACGCAGGCAACUCUGGGUCAGGUUUUCCCGGCACUGCUGUCUCUUUGUCUUGGAAAACAGGAAAAGCAGCUGUUCCUGUUGUGUUGUUUAUAUUUUGAGGCAACAUGUCACAACAGUAACCUCCACACCACCUCCUCUCCCCAAACCAAGCAACCAAACAACAAGAAAAAGAUCUCUCACUUUUGUCUUCUGUUUGCUUAUUAUAUUGCACCCUGUGAAGAGAUCUCCCAUCUCUCCUCCUCUUUAGAGAAAAAGCCGACAGUGCAAUCUAAUUUUCUCUAGGAAGAUGAAAAGUACAAAGUACUCAAAGAAUGUGUGUUUGGUUUUCCUUUGGGGACAUAACACUUUGGAACAAUCCUCUAGAAGCAUUUUAAUUGAUCUGUGAAGAAGUUUAAGGAAAUUCCAUCUAACUUUUGCCCAAAGAUGAAGGUAUUAUAUAGCCUCAAGUAGUGUGCAGAUGGAGAAUUGGGCUGGAUGGUAUCCCUAGAGUGUCACCUCAUGGGGCAUUCAGAAGGGUCUGGCUCCCUUUCUCACCAUCAAAAGAAACAGCAGUCUUUGCCUCUUUUCCAUGGUUGUGCCCAAGGAUUACAAUAAUUCAGCAAUUUAAUUCAGAAAGAUUGUCUCACUGCUUUCCAUAUAUUAGAAGAGAUAGCAGGUUCUACGCAGUCCUAAAAAUUUUCUUGUAAUGCAGUUCUUUCUCCCUGAAAGCCAGCUUGCUCCAAUGGUGUAGCAGGCAUUUCCUGCACCAUAGGCGAAGGUGUUUGCUCUAGGAGAAGAGGAGUGGGGCUGCCUUUCCUUGUGGGUCUUCCUUACUCCCUAUGUGAAGCUCCCUUUGCUAAGGGCUUGGAAUUAUUUUUCUUUCAUUUGUUUUGGAAAAUUGGCUCUUUACUGAUCUGGUGGAGGGGAUGGAGUUGGGGCCGGGGGAAGAGCAUUACACGAGCCUUUUUUGAGAUGGCCCAUCUACCCAAAAAAGAUCUGUUUCAGCGACUAAUACUUAGUCAACAAUACUCCUUUCCAUGUCCCUAACCUAGAUCAAGUUAUUUUUUUUAAAUUUAUUUUCAGAGAGGGAGAGAGAGAUAGAAACAUCAAUGAUGAGAGAGAAUAAUUGAUUGGUUGCCUCUUGCAUGCCCCCUACUGGGGACCAAGCCCACAACUCGGACAUUUACCCUUUACCGGAAUGGAACCUGGGACCCUUCAGUCCAAAGGCCGACACUCUGUCCACUGAGCCAAACCAGCUAGGGCUAGAUCAAGUUAUUAUCGGUCUUAGAUGACCUAUAUGCAAAUUUGAAAAACCUUUAAAAAAAAACAAUUGGGAACUACAAAUAAAAGUGAACAAUCUGCUGACAUAGCUAAUUUGAACAAGUAUACUAUCUGCUUUUGCUCUUUUGCUAUUGGUGUUUUUGCUUCCUUAAAAAAUAAACAGUUCUGAAAGUCA